ACGUGUUUCCAUGGGAGCGAUCAGGUGCACCGAGGACUGGAGUCCCCGACGCCAAAAAGGUGUCGGCUGUAUUUGCGCCUGUAAAUAUAAGCAUCAACAACAUACUAGGAUUACAGAACGGAGGCUAAGGACCACGAGCAGGAUAUUAUAGACGUUUAGCUGAAACGGGAAUGACGAGUUACCGGGUAACCAAGGAACCGCUGUUGGUAAGGCGCCCAGCGUUAGUCCCAACGAAGUGGAAACGAGAACCACUCUGUUGAAUGACUCGGUUUACCGGAGAGAACCGCGCGUUUAACAACGUUAAUCGAAGUCAGCCUAUAAUUGGAAAUUGAGUUGAAAGCAGUAAAGCGGGAAAUACUUAAUAUACCUGCGCCUAAAGACGUCAUGUUCGCGUGGAUGUCCAUGUAAUUUGGUCUGAAGACCGUUUGGCGCUCCGAGUCAACACAGACAGCAGUUACGUUCCUCACCUGUCUGAUGGAGAAGUAUGACAAGCUGGCCAAGAUUGGAGAGGGUUCAUAUGGUGUGGUGUUUAAAUGCAGACACAGGGAAUCCGGACAGAUCGUCGCCAUCAAGAAGUUUGUUGAGUCAGAGGAUGACCCAGUCAUCAGGAAGAUAGCACUGAGGGAGAUACGCAUGCUGAAGCAGCUGAAGCAUGUGAACCUGGUUAACCUCCUGGAGGUUUUCAGAAGGAAGAGACGUCUUCACCUGGUCUUUGAGUUCUGUGAGCAGACCGUCCUGAACGAGCUGGACCGACACCCCCGUGGGGUCCCUGAGGUUCAACUGAAGAGUAUAGUGUGGCAGACGCUGCAGGCCGUCAACUUCUGCCACAAACACAACUGUAUUCAUCGGGAUGUGAAGCCAGAGAACAUCCUCCUCACCAAGACAGGAGUCAUCAAACUCUGUGACUUUGGAUUCGCCAGGAUCCUCACGGGGCCAGGUGAUGACUAUACAGACUAUGUGGCUACUCGGUGGUACCGGGCUCCAGAGCUCCUGGUGGGUGAUACUCAAUAUGGAGCCCCGGUGGACCUCUGGGCGCUGGGCUGUGUAUUCGCUGAGCUACUCCAUGGAAACCCUCUCUGGCCUGGACGCUCUGACGUUGACCAGCUCUACCUCAUCAGAAGCACUCUAGGUGACCUGAUCCCUCGUCACCAGCAGGUGUUCCGAUCCAACGUGUUCUUCAGUGGAGUCAGCAUCCCCGAGCCUGACACCACGGAGCCCCUGGAGAAACGCUUCCAUGGUGUGUCCUCUCACGCUCUCACUGUCAUGAAGUCAUGCCUGGUGAUGGACCCGUUGUUGCGUCUGUCCUGUGAGGAGCUGUUGGAGCUGCCAUACUUUCUGGAAGAAGGCGGAGCCAGCUGGGGCCGCGAGGGGGAUUGUCCCGGGAGACGCCAUGACAACAAAAUCUCCAGACGACGACAGGUCGGGCCGCAGUACCUUCCUCAGCUCCCCAGCAACAACAUAUCUCCUGCUCCAGAGACCAAGAAACAGAACAAACACAGAUACACAGACCAUCACCUGCCCAACAUCUAGAGAGGAGAAACACCUGUCCAACAUCUAGAGAGGAGAAACA